UCAAAGCCUCUAACCAUCUCCCUUCCAAAAUAUUCCAAAGAAGCCACCCAUCUCAUACAUACCAUUAAUACUUGUCCCCCUGGAUCCCUGCACCCUUUCCCCUCCCAUGUCUCCCACCUCCACCCUCGCCUUUGUAUAAAACCCCCGAUCACCCUCUCCUCACUUCAAUUCUCACAUAUCUCCAUUUUUCACUCCUUGCAUGUUUGUUUCAGUUGUUGCAGUAGCGAUCUCUAGCUAUGGUUUCUGGGGCUGGAUCGCCAUGCGGCGCGUGCAAGUUUCUGAGGCGCAAGUGUGCCGCGGAUUGCGUCUUCGCUCCGUACUUCUGCUCGGAGGAGGGAGCAGCACGGUUCGCGGCGAUCCACAAGGUGUUCGGGGCGAGCAACGUGACGAAGCUGCUGCUCCACGUCCCGCUCGCCGAUCGGUGCGAGGCCGUCGUGACCAUAGCUUAUGAGGCUCAGGCAAGGCUGAGGGAUCCCGUUUAUGGCUGCGUCGGCCACAUCUUUGCUCUCCAGCAGCAAGUGGCAACUUUGCAGCUGCAGUUGGUACAAGCAAGGCACAGCUAGCUCAGAGUGGUGAUAAGUUCACAGACUCUAGAGAAUCAAUACCAAGGGAACUUUGCCAACCCUCUUACCCGACUGUAUCCAUACACCAAGUCCAUGUCUCCACAGAGUUCGCUUGACUGCAUUGAUCAAAGCUCCGAAGGCUUGUUGCCUGUGCAUGAGAUGUUCUUUAGGGAUGACCUCUUCAAACAGAGAGGAGUAACCCAUAAUGAAUUUGGGGAGCUCCAAGCCUUGGCUUCAAAGAUGAUGAAGAACUAAUCCAUACCGUGUUGUGAAGUUAUGUAGGCUGAGGUGUAAAUAUAAGUAGAGAUCUGGUCCUUUGGCAAAGGACAUUUUGAUGUUUGCUUAAUUUGGAAAAAAGAAAAAAAAAAUAUAAAUGUUAAGAACUGUAACAUCUCUACAACUCCUA